AUAUGUGGAAACUACUUGGAAAUAAAAACAGUGAAAAGAAAAAGGAAGCUGUGAAGAAUAAAAGUGAAGAAAGUACCAAGGUUUCUUCUGCAAUGAUGAAAUCCGACGUAAAUUUUCCUUCGUCAUCUAGGACUGCUCUAAGCACAACCCUUACGAGGACUGAACGAAGAGUUAUUACAAUGCGUGCAAGUGAAUUGAAUUUUAGUAGAACAUCUACGUUAGGUACAACUUCUUCCAACAAUUUUUUUUCUUCAGAGCCAUUUUCAGGAUUAAAUAAUUUUUUUUCAAGGGAUUUUACCAGACACAGCUUUAACGCCCCAAGCAUCCAUUCUGAUUCUAAUCCAUUUCAAACUAAUUCAAAUUCCUCCGCAAUUCGUGGAUCGGCUUUUUCAGCACAACCCUCAAAUAAUCAAGCAACGUCUGUGUUGCCAGUCGCGUUAACUCCUACAAAUCGUAAUAUUCCUACUCCAAAUAAAGAACGAACUGAAAAAAAUAAUAACGAUAGUUUACCUGCUAAUAAGAUUGAGAAAUUAAAAAUAAAAGUAAAGAGUAGCACCCGGUGGUGCGACGAAUCGGAUUCGAAAGUUGGUUGCUAUCAGACAAGAUCGAAAAAAAUAGCUUUACUGAUUAACAUUAAAACUUUUAUAAAUAAAGAUGAGAGAAAAGGUUCGGAAAUUGACGUAAAGAAUUUAUGUAGUCUGUUCACACAAAUGGGGUUUAAGGUGAACGCGCCCAAUCGCAAGGAAUGGACUAGAAAGGAUAUUGAAUAUGCGAUUUCUAGUUUCAAAUCUAACAAACGUUUAAAAGAGUAUGACGUCUGUAUUGUGGUGGUAAUGAGUCAUGGAAAUGGUGGAAUAGGAAGCGAUAGUACGGUAAUCGUGUGUAGUAAUAACGAAACUGUAGAAACUAACUGGAUUGUGACACAAUUUGAUGGAAUCAAUUGCAGAGAUUUGCUCGGAAAGCCAAAAAUUUUCGUUUUUCAGUGUUGCAGGGGUGCGCAAGAGUACCACCGCCAAAAACCCGCGACUGAUGGACCAAGUCCUCAAUCAGACAUUCUUGUAGCAUAUAGCACAGUGCCAGGGUUCGUUUCUUAUCGUUGUAAAGAUUGUGGCUCGUGGUAUAUUUAUACGUUUUGCAAAAUUUUUAUGGAACAUGCUUAUGAUACACACGUGGAAGAUCUGUUAAAAAUGGUCGACGAAGAACUGAAGAUGUUUUCUGACAAUUAUAAGGACAUGACCAAACCUACAACAAGCUAUGAAAGUCGAGGAUUUAAGAAGUGUUAUUUACACCCUAACCCUAAAAUAAGUAAAGCAAAAUAGACUUAUUUUACCCGCAAGAUUAAGCUGACGAAAUGUUAAAAAUAUGGAUGCAAGAAUAAGGGGCCCUGGGGGGCCUGAGCAUCUCCCGAUUCAUGGUGAGCACUCUCACCGAACCCAAAUUUUAUUAAAACCCUCUUAAUCCAAAUAGAUGAAAAAUAACUAUAUGGAUAAUACAAAGAAAAGAAACUUCAAAACAAAAAAAAUUGAUUCGACAUAUCGUAAAAAAUUAUUGAUUUAGAUCGAUUUGAAUUAUUUUAAGUUUUUUAUAACAUCAAAAAGCAGUUAUUUGAAAUGCAUAUUAUUAACCAGUAAUUAUGUAGUAAGUGCCUGCAGUUUACAUCUGUUGAAAAAUUAUCACUAAGAUCUUUAAAUUUAUAAACAUACAUACAGGGUUUCUCACGGUGACCACCCAUUACAAUAUUUCGAAAACUACUUCGAUUUA